CCGACUAGUGCGGCUAGGGAGAGCGCUCCUCCGCCCUGCGCGCAGUCCCUGCGCCCCGCUCCGCCCGCGCCUCGCUGUUCGCGCCGCGCCUCGGGCGUCCAGAGCGCGCCCCUCGCACCGCAUCAAGCGCCGCCCGCGGCAGCCCAGCCCCAGCCUUCCUCCUCCUCCUCUUCUUUCUUUCUCCUCCUCCUUCUCCUCCGCCGCCGGACACGCAGCCGCAGGCCGGGGCUGGGACGCAGCUGGGGAGUCAGGGACGCGCGCAGCCAGCCCUUCCCCCUCCGGCUCCCGCACCGCCGGCCGCCUCCCCUCGCCCUCCUCCUCUCCCCUCCCUGCUCCUUCGCUUCUCCUCCUCCUCCUCCUCCUCUCCCAGCCCAGGCUGCCAGCACCAUGUCCGCAGGGGGAGAUUUUGGGAACCCACUGAGAAAAUUCAAGUUGGUGUUCUUGGGGGAGCAGAGUGUCGGAAAGACGUCUCUGAUCACGCGGUUCAUGUAUGACAGCUUCGACAACACGUACCAGGCAACCAUUGGGAUUGACUUCUUGUCAAAAACCAUGUACUUGGAGGACCGUACGGUGCGACUGCAGCUCUGGGACACAGCCGGCCAGGAGAGGUUCCGCAGCCUGAUCCCCAGCUACAUCCGGGACUCCACGGUGGCCGUGGUGGUGUACGACAUCACAAAUCUCAACUCCUUCCAACAGACCUCUAAGUGGAUCGAUGAUGUCAGAACAGAGAGGGGCAGCGACGUCAUCAUCAUGCUGGUGGGCAACAAGACGGACCUGGCCGACAAGAGGCAGAUAACCAUCGAGGAAGGGGAGCAGCGCGCCAAAGAACUGAGCGUUAUGUUCAUCGAGACCAGCGCGAAGACCGGCUACAACGUGAAGCAGCUCUUCCGACGUGUGGCCUCGGCUCUGCCUGGAAUGGAGAAUGUCCAGGAGAAAAGCAAAGAAGGCAUGAUCGACAUCAAGCUGGACAAACCCCAGGAGCCUCCAGCCAGCGAGGGUGGCUGCUCCUGCUAAUGCAGCCUGACCGCAGGCUUCCUUUGACACUACUCGCUUGUUGUGUUGCUUCCUAUUGGUUAGCUUCCUAAGGGGGGUGGGAGAUGAGCUUAUCCAGAUGGGAGGACUUUUCUUUUCUCUCUGUCUCUAGGAGUCGGGUGGGGUGGGGAGGGAGGC